AUGUCCAACAAGUUCGGCCACUUCGAGAAGCUCAAGUUUCCGGCACUGUCCAGGCUGCUCGCCGGAGGCGUGGCGACGUACGAGGGCGAGCAAUGGGUUAAGCACAGGAGGAUCCUCAACCCUGCAUUCCAUCCCGAGAAGAUCAAGCUCAUGAUGCCAGCGUUUUCUACUUGCUGCCAAGAACUUGUGAGCAGAUGGACGCAAUCUCUUGGUUCUGAUGGUACAUAUGAGGUGGAUGUUUGUCCGGAGUUCCAAAGACUCACCGGAGAUGUCAUUUCUCGCACCGCGUUUGGCAGUAACUACGCUGAAGGUGCUAGGAUUUUCCAGUUGCAGUCCGAGCAAACUGCACGCCUCCUGGCCAGGGUUAAGAAGAUUAUCAUUCCCGGCUACUUGUGA